AUGCCGACUGUGACCUUCCAAGUAGCGGCGGAGGAGUCGCUGGGAUCGGCUUCUCUCUACUUGACAGCAUUGCCCGCCGCAGGUCUCGCAAGCCGCAGCAGCAGCAGCAGCAGCAGCAGCGCCGUCAGUUCCGAUGGCCGCGCGGGAGCUGACGGCGUUGAUGCGCGAAGCGUGUUCGACGGCGUCGCAAUGGCGUCGCUCGUGGGAAUCGUGCGACAGCUUGCGCAGCUAUCCGACCACGCCGCGGCGGUGUUCGAAAGCCUGUCGGCGGAAGUGGCGGACGUGGGGAGGCGGCGCGCGGCCAUUGUGGCGCGCGUGGCGGAGGUUGAAGCGCGGUUAUCGCGGAUUGAGCUGCGCACGCUGCGGGACACGCAGCCUGUGCGGCUCGUGUACGCGCCAGCAGGGUCCACGUGGAGGUUUGGUGACGUCACACCUGGGCCCGUGCACGGGCAUGGGCAUGGGCACGGGCAUGGUCAUGAUAACAUCUUUCAGCCUGGCACGCGGCCGGCGUUUCUGCAAUGGCAGUACGUGCAAGCGGGCCCGCAGCAUGCGGUGGGGCGUGCUGCAUUGCCUGGCUACGAGUGCGGUGCUUCACACAGAGAUGAUACCUCCUUCAAACGAAUCAACGCAGAGCGAGGGGUGGCAGGAUCAGCACUGGGGGAAGAGGAGACAGAAGCACUUGCUCUGGGUGUGGCAGAAGGGAGCAGGGCAGGGAUUGGCAGGAGAGACGACACGAGUGAAGCUACUGGAAAGGCCAAGGGAGGGACAGGUGGUAAGGACGAGGGUGGGAAGGCGGAAGGAGUGGAUGGAGGUUGUAACCAAGGCUUGCUGACGCUUACCACUCGUGAGCCUGCUGCACAUGAGCCUUCCCCACAUGAGCCUUCCCCACAUGAGCCUUCUUUGCAUGAGAUUUCCCCACAUACGCCUGUUGCACAUGAGCCUACACCGCAUGCUGCACAGGGUAAGUGUGACGAAUUGGGGGCGGACGAGAGUGGGGCGAGGAGUGGUGGUAACCCGGUGACGGUAGGAGGAAUAGCGGAAUUGGCAACAGCAGCGGGAGAACUUAGUGAGACGUGUCAGAAUAUGAUGGUGGGAAGAGGAGCAGCGGCAUCGGCAUCGGCAGCGGGGGAAAUGGUGAGGGAUGAUGCUUCAAGUACGGAUCUCGUGGUGGAGAACGGUUCUGCGGGAUGCGAGGGAACGAGCGACGAGGAGAUGAGCAGGGAAACGGGAGAUGCGGGAAAGAUGUGGGACGAGGGAGCAACGGAUGAGGAGGAGGCGAUGGUGGUUGGGGGUGGAGGGUUGCUUGGUGGGAGAUUCGGCGAGUGGUCGCAUGGGGAGGUGGAAGGCGGGAGGGCGCAGAGGUUAAAGCCCUGGUUGCGCCCGGACAAGCUCCCGCUGCUCUCCCCCUCCAGCCCACUAUCCCCACAGGCAGACGAAGGCUGCAUCAGCCCACCUUCCCUUGCUCUGCCAUUGCAGGCAGUGGAGGAAGAGCCCGUGCAUGCAUCGGCUCGCAGCCGUAGCAGCAGAGCCCAUGCGGGUGCUGGGGUGGUGACAGGCAUCACCAUGUUCAGGCUGUUGGCAAAGGGCAUGGGUGUGUUCACUCCUCGCCAAGAUUGGACCGUAACUGGGGGGGCUAAGGAGCCAAAGGUGCAUUGA